UAGUUAUAGUUGACCCUUAACAAAAAUACAUGCAACUAAGACUUUACCUAACAAAAAUUUAUGACAAUGGUAUGUUAAUGAAUUGUUGUGUUUGUGUAAAUUGACUUAGUCUCUUAGCAAUUAUCAUAGGCUGGAAAUGACCUUCCUUUCAAGUUAUCUAAAUUAGGCGUCCAUAUGUUGUGGUCUACAUUUUACAUAUACAAAUAUACACUAUAUGAGCAAUAUUGAGCUUUAUAUUUUAUGAGUCUAAAAGGGAUGAACGUUAAAUCUUGAGUGGUUAUGCAAAGUAUUAAGUAUGUGUAUAUAAUAUAUGUUAGAUAUAUGACUAAUUACUUAACUAGUUAAUUUGGUUUGACUGGUUAGGAGUGUCUGAAACCAAACCAAACCACCUAAACCAAACAAGCUAAAAACUUUACCAAACCAAACCAAUUAUCCAAAUUAACCAAACCAAAUUAUCCAAAUAGUACCGGUUAAAACGGUUACCAUAUUAAACAAACCGUUUGAACACCCCUAAACUACAACUCACCAAACUUGCCAUGUCAUAAUUUAAUUUUAAAAAUAUUAUUUCCCUUUAUAUCAUAAUUCCCAAAGGUUUGAAAGAAAAAAAAAUCCUCAAAGAUCGAGGACCAUGCUGGAUUUGAUGAUGUCCCUCAAUCCCGUUCUCCCACCUGCUCUUUCGCUUUAGAUGUACCUGACCACCGAUGAACUCCGGCUUCUCGAUCGGAGAGCGCAUUUCAUAAUAGCCGCCCUCUCUCGUUUCCCCUUUGUCUACUUUUUACUGCUCGUACCACUAGAAGGCAAAGGAGAUGGCGAGGCGAAACCUAGCCCAGGGGAGUCAGUCGCGACGGAGGAUUUCUUCGCAGGAGCAGGGUCGUUGGUCGGGCCAUUAACUGAAGAAGAAUCCCUCUUUGCUUUUCUCUCCCUCCGCUCCUUCCAAUCGACAAUCCAAUGUUCUAUUUCACAGUCUUUAGUUUUUGAUCAAGAUUAGGCAAAUCCCAAUCAUCAUGGCAGACCUCCAAUCGAUAUGCCUUCGACUCUAUUCCCUCCGACGCAGAGCCAAAAUCACACCCAUUAAAGCUUUUGCCUUUUAACCCGCCUCAGUCCUCACCAACGUUGUGCUAUUGAGAGCGACGCCUGGUUCUUCUUUUCUAGGAUGGGGUUCUGUUACUUGAUGCUUGGUCUCUUCUCAGAUCUGGGUUCGAUUGGAUUUGUUGCUUUUCGUUCUCGACUUUAGUUCUAUGAUUUGUUUCGGGGGAGGGUUUGAAUUGAUUCGUGAUAUUGUUGAUCGGUACAACUACGUUGCUAUGGAUACAGAGUUCCCUGGUAUCGGAGACGAUAUGAUCGAAGAAGAUGAGGGAGGAGAAAGAAGAAGAGUAGCAAUUGAACAAGAUCUACCGAUGAGGAGAGAGAAGGGAAAAGAAGAGAGAGAAAAUAAAAUGGUUUGUAGUUGACUGGUUGUGGGUUUUACGGAAGAGAGUUUUUUUUUUUUUUUUUAUUGAAAUCUGUAGCAAUUUUAUUAAUCAGAGACAGCGGAAGAGAGUUGAGAUCAGAGAAGAUGGGAAGGUGAAUAGGCGGUGGUGGCACUGAGAUUAUUGUUUUUAUAUUUUUUAUUUAAUUUAAUUAAACUUAAAGGAUACAAUUUUAAUAAUUUUCCACAUGUCAUUAUUUCUGAAUAAAAUAUGACACGUCAAUUGUUGUUGUUAGUCCAGUCACCCUGUUAGAUAAUAUCGUUAAAGUAUUGGACGGAAGUGACUAUAAGUGGUAUUUCUCCAAAUUUAGCUAUUAUUGGCACAAACACAAAAAAUUUGGCUAUACAAGCGUAUAUUGCCAAACAAUUACAACUGAACUCUUAGACGUCCAAAGUGUCCCAAAUUUCCACAGAAGGUGCCUCCUUUUACCUCUUUGUAGGAUGUCUACUAUCAUCACAACUAUGUACGGGGAUGUGGCAGUGGAGCAGUUGGUGAGCGAUCCAAGUCAACAAUAACUCAGGGAGGUUGUUGAAGGGGGGGGGGGGGGGGGGGGGGGGGGGGGGGACAUCGAUAAAUUAAUAUCUUCCAAAUACAGUAUAGAAGGUUUUAGCCCAAGAUUCUUUGGCACACCCUGAGCUCUUUGAAGGCCGCACACUGCAUAAAGAGCAACCUAUAAAUCAGAAUCAUCCAUAUUCAAUUUUAUCUAAGAAAUCGAAUUCAAACGAACCCUCCCAAAGCUCAACAGGAACUAAAAUAAUGAGUUCGAGAAGAAGCACAAUAGACAAUUCUGCAGAUACAACGAAAAUGCCUGUUAAAAUCUGUUAUAAACGGGUAAAAGGCAGGAUACACAGAGAGUUGUGUGACAAUUGCUGUCGGGAAAGGAUUAAUUUCGGCGAGAAAAUAGUGUAUUGAAUUGAGAAGAAGGACAAGAGAGAUAGAGAAGGAAGAAGAGAAGCAGAAGGGAUCAGAGGAGUUAUAGAGGAAGGAAGAAGGACGGGAGAGAUCAGAAAGUAGAGGAAGAAUGGUAAUUAUGUAUUCUGUUAUUCGUUACAUUUCUCAUUCCAACACAACCCUAUUUAUAUGACACAAUAAUUACACAUUACUCCCCAAAUACCUUCCAAAUACAGUAUAGAAGGUUUUAGCCCAAGAUUCUUUGGCACACCCUGAGCUCUUUGAAGGCCGCACACUGCAUAAAGAGCAACCUAUAAAUCAGAAUCAUCCAUAUACAAUUUUAUCUAAGAAAUAGAAUUCAAACGAACCCUCCCAAAGCUCAACAGAAACUAAAAUAAUGAGUUCGAGAAGAAGCACAAUAGACAAUUCUGCAGAUACAACGAAAAUGCCUGUUAAAAUCUGUUAUAAACGGGUAAAAGACAG